AUGUGGCAAAGACUACUACAAGGUCAUAAUCUUGUUAUUGGCAAAGAAACUGUUUGUCAUGUGCUAAGAAUAGUUGACCCGGCUGGAGUAGAUCGACGCCUGAGAAACAGGCCCAGGCGGAGGAACUACCGAGGUGAAGGACCCAACUACAUUUGGCAUGUCGAUGGCUACAACAAACUUAAACCUUUCGGCUUCUGCAUUCACGGCUGUAUUGACGGAUACGGCCAGCGUAUACUUUGGUAAGAGGUGGGAACAACGAAAAAUUACCCGUGUGUCACAGCAAAAUAUUUUCUAGAUUUUGUCCACUCAGUACGGGGUGGUUCACACAUUGUCCGUGCUGACAAUGGUACAGAGAACGUCAAUAUGGCAGCAAUACAGUGUUUUUUCAGAAGAGAGCUGCUGAUGCAUUUGCAGAUUAAAAAGAGUCUUUUGUACGGUUCUUCAAUUUCAAAUCAACGGAUUGAAGCUUGGUGGAGUCAGUUACGACAGGGGUGA